AUUGAGCUCGUAGUCGUACAAACUCGCGGUGCAGCGCUCAAUAGCCAGCAAAAGAUGAAUCAACUCGCGAGUACGGUCACGGGGUACUCUUCUCCGCCUCCCACAACAAGCCCUGCUCGAUUGGGAAGUGCCGCUGCUGCGAGUGCGGGAGCUGUCUCGAGUUCCGCCGGCAAAGAAAGCCGCGAUAAAGGCAAAGCCUCCAAUAUCGUCGGAGGCAUCUUUGGUGGGUCCAAGGAGAAAGAGCGCGAAUUUGUGGCAGACGGACCUGGAUCUCUUUCGCGUCCUGGUACAGCUACCGACUCGCCAGCUGUAGCAGGAGAAAUCAUCCCUCUUGGGCUCACCAAUAGCCAUACCCCGAGCAUCAACACUACCAUCACGAGUGUAACGGCCUCAUCUAAUGGAACCAUCUCUUCUGGAACUCCUACGACGACCAAUAGCAUGAAGAGCUGGAGUACGACAUCACUAUCAGCCUCUGUCGACUCCAACGAUGUUACUUCCCCAUCUCACCAAUCCCAUUCAUCCCCUUAUGGCAACACAGCGACCACCUCUAUGAAUAGCGCCCGCGAAAAAGAGCGCAAAGAAAAGGAGCGCAAGGAGCGCGAAAAGAGGGAGCAUGGCGAAGUCUGUGGACGUACGACAAUUCGCAAGCCUCCUGCACCGACUCUUAGCUCAUCGUUGUACGCUGACCACGGCUCGCCGGAAGCUGGACCGGAAUGGUUUGAGCAAUUCUUGUUUGGUGACUUGCCCUCGUUUGGCAACAUGAUCAUUGCGCUUUGGAGAUUACCCGAGGGUGGUAAAAAGGACAAGGAGAGAGAUGGUGACGGAGAGAAACGACCCAGGAGUGCGGGCACUGGUAGUGCUGGAACAACGAGCAUAAUCGGUGGUACAACUAGUGCAGGAAGUGGUGGUGCAAUUGGUUCUACGAAUAGCUCGAGCCACCACAACCUCAGUACCGUCUCUUCCAUCGGUGUCUCUUCUACGCAUAGUGGUGUCUCUAAUCUUACGGAUGGGACGACAAACGCUGCCCGUGGCGGAUCCAAUUCCUAUGGCGUGAUUGGCAACUCGUUUGGAGCUGCCAAGGGUGCCACCUUCGUCGGAUGCGUUGAGAUUAGCUUGCCCCACUUUAGUCGUGGUGAAUGGGUAGAGGGAUUCUGGCCCGUUUAUGCUCAUGCCAACACGAUGACUAGUGGGAAUGCCGGCAGUAUGCCUGGCUUGGCUGGUGGUAUCGGAACUCUUGGGAUGGGAGUGGGUGCCAUGGGCCUCGGUGGGAUGAGCGGCAUCGGUGGCGUUGCUGGUGCGCUUGUCCAAGUCGGAGAAAUGAAGCUCAAGAUCAAGGUCGACGAGGAGAUCAUUCUUCCGUCCCGAGCUUAUCGAAAUGUAUUGGAUGCGCUCGAAAAGAGAAACUAUUUGGACGUGUUGUCCGACCUGGAGCAAAAGCUUAGGAUUGAUCAGCAGUUGAUCACUCCUCAUAUCGUCACUCUGGCCGUUGCCAGAAACAGGUUACUCCAUGAUAUCGUUGAGCUUGCCGAAAGGGAGAUCAACUCGGUAGCCAGCUCUACCGCUACCAAUACUCUCUUCAGGGGCAACACUGUUUUGACGAAAACCAUGGAACUGGCCAUGGCCUGGUACGGCAAAAAGUUCCUCGAGGCUUCCGUUGGUCCCGUGAUUCGUCGAAUGAUCGCCGAAAAGGUCGAGAUCGAAGUUGAUCCCUCCAAGCUCAAGGUCUCUAGCAAGCGUCCAUCGACCAGAGACUCCUUCCGCCCGAGUACCAAAGAGUCUAUGAUCAAUACCAGCACGAGCGGAAAAGACAGGGCCGAAAUAGAGCGUGAAAUACUACAAGAACAAGGUGUUCGCGCUUUAGAGUACUGGUGCAACGAGCUCUGGAACCAAAUCUAUGUCGUCCGAAUGGAGUGCCCCAUCGAACUACGACGACUUUUCAGCCACGUACGAACUAUGGUUGAAAAGAAGUUUGGGAGCAACCCAGCGAAUUCCGCUCCCGAAAAUGGCUACUAUAACCCCGAUCAACCUACCGUUUCCGCCACUCAAGCGCAAGCCAAUAUGGACAUGCUGCCCUGGCGUGCCAUUUCGAGCUUCGUCUUCCUCCGUUUCAUCGUGCCAGCUAUUCUCCAUCCUCAUCUGUUUGGCCUCUGCCCUGGUAUGCCAUCGGGGCCUGUCGUGCGAAGCUUGACAAUUCUCGCGAAAUGCACACAAUCGCUCGCCAACCUCAACCCCACCGUCCCUCCCAAAGAGGAGUAUAUGCGUGGUAUCAAGCCCUGUCUAGAGCGCUAUAACCCGACCAUGGUCGAUUAUCUCAAAUGCGUUUCCUCGCUUCCGGAUGCGUGGAGCCCCUUGGCCAAUUCGAGCAGCUUCUUGUCAGGACCAGACAAGCACGACAGACUCUACGUCAUCAACUCACUCCGAGAACGACUAACUGGGAGGGGUGCUGGAAGCAUUCCUACAUUAUGGAAGGAUGCCAUCCCUCUCCUUCCUUACGCGCUCGAUGUCCCCAAGCACCUCGCCAUCCUCAGUUCCACUGUGGUUCGCAAUGCCAAGUCUGCCAGUGCUUCUGGGAUGCCUCGAGGAGGAGCUGCUCCAGGAGCAGAUGAUUCGGACUGGAGUCUUACUACGUUCUCCGGUCUCUGUUUCGAUGUUGAAGCUCAGGCAUUGAAGAGUGUGGCAACCUUGGCGCAAGGUGCUGCUGCUGCUAGCUCGGGUACCUUUGGUAACUCCGUCCGGACGAAGCGCUCCACGUCCGUCUCGUCGGGCUUCGGAUAUUACCAGCAGGGCUCAGCUAUGAAUCCCACACAGCAACCACAUGAUUUUGACUCUACUGCCUCCAACCGUCCAGGAUCCUCCAGAGGUGUCACGCCUACAGGACCCCCAGGUGGUUCCUCACCCAACGUUACGACACCUACGCAAAAACACAUGCCAUCACGGCCAUGGUCCUCAUCUUCACAGUCCAAGCGGCCAUCUUCUGCACGUUCCGUUACUGCACCAGCUCCACCUUCACCACAUAAUAUUACACCUCCU